AUGGCUGAUUUGUCAGAUGACGCUGCACACAUGGAUGAUGAUUGUGAUAAUAAGACUGAUGAUAAUAGUGACGAUAGCAAUGGUGAUAAUAGUGAUGGUGGUGAUGAUAAAAAAGGAGUCAGUCUAAAGUACCCAGAAGUAAGAUUUUCAGAAAAUUAUGCAAUUGAGGAAACAAGACCUGAAGUGUCGAUUCCAUACCAGGGUGAUCUUUUACACAUGGGUGCACUCUUUAAAAGUAAACAGGAACUAAUUUUAGCAUUUAGACAAUAUUGUGUUGAUGUGAAGAUGAACUAUCGAGUCAAACAUUCGUGCACAAUUCGAUUUGAGACUGGUUGCAAGGAUGUGAACUGCAAAAUUAUGCUUUGUGCAAGAUGCAGACCUGGUUGUUCGUUUUGGCAUGUGAAAUUUAUGCCGAGUCACACGUGUACUCCAGACGUCUACGAUUCACAUUUUCGAAGUUUGAAGGCUAUUGUCAUAGGAAGUUUGUUCUCAGAAAGAGUGGCGAGUAGUGAAUAUACACCUAGAAUGCUAAUGGGGGAGUUGCUGGAGCAACAUGGUAUGCAGAUUAUGUACACUAAAGCUUGGAUCUCUUUACAACAUGCAAAGAGACUUACUUAUGGUAAUGCGGAUGAAUCAUAUCAGCAGCUACCCUCAUAUUUUCAAAUGCUAAAAGAAACAAAUCCUGGAAGUAUCAUGGUAAUAGAGAUAAAUGAAAAUAAUGAUUUUUUAUAUUCAUUUUUUGCAUUCGGAGCUUGCCUUUAUGGUUUUCGGUCUUACAUAAGAUCGAUUGUUGUCAUUGAUGCCACACAUUUAAAAGAUGAACACAAAUGGGUGAUAUUCGUUUCCACUUGCAAAGAUGGUGAGGAAAUGAUUUAUCCCAUCGCUUUUGGAUUUGGAGAUAAUGAGUCUGACAGAUCAAGGAUAUGGUUUUUGACGAAAUUCAGAGAGGCUAUCGGAGUGCGAGAAGAUUUAGUCAUCGUUUUCGAUCGUCACCAAAACAUUGCGAAUGCGAUGAGCCAUGUCUUCCCUUUUGUCCCACAUGUCUUUUGUUUCUUCCACCUUAAGCAAAAACUUGAAGAAAUGUUGUAG